UCUGUCUAUUCAGUGAUAUGAAGGAGUAACACAUCUCGCUGUCAUUAUAACAAGAAAGCUACAUUACUCCAGAACAGAAACAAACGCUUUUAAAAGCGUGGAUACCAGAGGACAUAAUUCUGGAAUAUAAUUAUAACCGCUGAUUCUGAAACGGUUUUCAAAUGAACAACAGUGUAUGCUGUUGGUGAGGCCCGGCCGCUCAAUGCAAGAGCAGUGACCAGCUCAUCCUCAGCCCUGCGGACCUUCCCCUGGUUGCAGCAGUCAAGCUAGAGGCCAUCGAGGACAAAAAGUGUCCACCUCCCUCCGCCUUCGUCCGCCUCAAACCACCACCCCAUUUCCUGCUUGACUUGGUACCCCAUAUUGUUUCGAAACUGUUUCUCCAACGCUUUUUCCAGAAACUCAGACUGUUUUCCAAAGCAGAAGCUGCACCACAGCCCUCCCACCAGAACGAGGUGAUGGGAAGCGUGCGAGCCAACCGCUACAGCAUAGUGUCUUCGGAAGAGCGCGGCAUGAAGUUGGCCACCGCAGCGGUGCCCAACGGGUACGGGAAUGGCAAGGCCAAGGUGCAUACGCGGCACCAGCCCCAGAGCCGCUUCGUCAAGAAGGACGGCCACUGCAACGUGCAGUUCAUUAAUGUCUCAGAGAAGGGCCAACGUUACCUUGCCGACAUCUUCACCACCUGUGUGGACAUCCGCUGGCGGUGGAUGUUUGUCAUCUUCUGUCUGGCCUUCUUGCUAUCAUGGCUGUUCUUCGGCUGCGUCUUCUGGCUGGUCGCCAUCAUCCACGGCGACCUGGACAACAACGCCCAGAAGUGCGUCUCCAACGUGAGCAGUUUCACCGCUGCUUUUCUGUUCUCCAUCGAGACCCAGACCACCAUCGGCUACGGCUACCGUUACGUAACCGACGAGUGUCCCGUGGCAGUCUUCAUGGUGGUCUUCCAGAGCAUCGUGGGCUGCAUCAUCGACGCCUUCAUCAUCGGGGCCGUCAUGGCUAAGAUGGCCAAGCCCAAGAAGAGAAACGAGACGCUGGUGUUCAGCCACAACGCCACGGUGGCCAUGAGGGACAACAAACUGUGUCUGAUGUGGCGUGUGGGGAAUCUGCGGAAAAGCCACCUGGUGGAGGCGCAUGUCCGAGCUCAGCUUCUCAAGUCUCGUACCACAGCAGAGGGAGAGUUCAUCCCCCUGGACCAGAUGGACAUAGAUGUGGGCUUCGACAGUGGAGUCGACCGCAUCUUUCUGGUUUCACCCAUCACUAUUGUCCACGAGGUUGACGAGGACAGCCCGUUCUACAACAUGAGCAAGCAGGACCUGGAGAUGUCGGAGUUUGAGAUCGUGGUGAUCCUGGAGGGGAUGGUGGAGGCCACGGCCAUGACCACCCAGUGUCGCAGCUCGUACCUGGCCAGCGAGAUCCUGUGGGGCCACCGCUUCGAGCCGGUGCUCUUUGAGGAGAAGAGCUACUACAAGGUGGACUACUCUCGCUUUCACAAGACCUACGAGGUGCCCAGCACCCCGCUUUGCAGCGCCAGAGACUUGGCAGAGAAAAAAUUAAUCCUGUCCAACUCUAACUCCUUCUGCUACGAGAACGAGGUGGAGUUGACUAACAAGGAGGAGAUGGACGAGGGGAACGGGGGCAGUGUGGGCCCGGACAUUACCCAGACAGACAGUAUCUCAAACUCUGAGCAUAACCAGGCUACCGUGCCACUGGAGCCCAGGCCCCUGAGGCGAGAAUCUGAAAUAUGACUGCAGAAACUUCAGACCACCUCACAGAGAAGAAUAUUCAGAGUCUACAAUCACCUCUUGUUUUUCUCAAAGGCACAUUGAGCCGAGCCGGGCCUUGGAUACAGGACGGGCUCAUGCUGACGGUACUGCUGAGGGUCGGGACUUCUAUGUAAGAGUUUCUUAACACAAUGUUAUUGCAUAUUGAAACCAACACGGCACUAUGAAAGAUGUGCUUAGAGGAAGGAUUUAUCAUUUUUUUGUGAAAAUGUUUCAGCGAGAAGAUGUUUUGCAUGUCUACACGCCUUUAUGCAUAGACAGGAACAUGUGUCCGUGUGACCUUGGAAGGGAUGUUCGCUCUGAUGACUUGAAUAUAGCAGGCAUGUCUCUCUGUUCAUCUGUCCAGCAAAUUGUGAACAAGAUGGUUUUAAGAACAUUUGUUUUUAUUUCCAUUAUCUGCCUUUUAGGAAAAACUAAAUUUAACUAUGCUGCUAUACACACACUGUCAGCUUUCUCUUUUCAGGGAAACUGGCAAAAAAAACAUGGAAGGAUUCCCACCCAUAGAGUAAGCAACUUUUUAAAAGUCACAGAGAGUCAGAGUGUAAACCAAAGAUUGUUUUCCUUUGCUAAUUUGCACUUUAAAUUGAUCCUGAGGAACUAGCUCUAAAGUUAGUGAAUGUUUAUCCAAACAAUUUAGCCCUGUAACCAAACCUUUUUUUUCCUUUACGGAGAUUGGAAUUCCUCACCAAUUUUCCAGUGAACGCACAACUAAAUCUGCCCCAGAAAUGCAUCGUGUUGCAGUGAACCGGAGCAAUCUUUGAAGGCUUUGUUGAACAGCAUCAAAGGGAUAUGCAUCUUUAACCUAUCGGACAGAGAAAUGCCUUUCUAUGCAGUCACUGUAAAGGAGCGGAAAAAAUAUUUUCAGAAAACAUAACGAUCAAUUAGAUGAAUUCCUAUAUGACAUAAUAUUUUCGUACUGUACUUAUUUGAAGCAAAUAUGUAAUUCUGUUACUGAGCUGGUCUCAAAUCAUUAGUAUGAAAUAACAUAAAUCAAAAGGCUGUUCAGUGCUGGUCAAAUUAAUAGAAACAUGCCUGUUUUAUGUUGUACCUGAAGGAAAUGAGCAGGGUAGUAUGAGAAUCCAAAUAAAGCAGAACUGAACUAAUGCCUAAAAGACAAAUGGGGGAGGAUGAAAACGAGCAUAUAAAUGUUCUUAAAAAGUGCUGCUACAUUCUUGCAUUUUGUUCAGUUUGAUAACAGAAGAAGCCAAAGAAUAUUAUCAUCCUCGUCAUUAUGACCUGUUGUUAAAAGUGUUAACUUUGUUUUAGGUGAAGAAAAACCAAGGGCAAUGUUGUUAGUGCUUCAUUGGAACUCUGGCACAGAACUCUUAAUCAGCGUCAUUGUGAUGGAGUUCUGUACACAGAGUGUUGGUCUCAUGAUGGGAGGUUAUCAUUCAGAUGUUCCCCUCAUGUUCAAGUUCAAAGCCAAACGCACUGUGUAAGCCAGGUUCUAAGUCCUAGACUAAACCAUCCACGUGUUGCUAAGACGAGAAGGCCGUGGCAUAUCCUUUAAGCUCAGAGAAAAGUACGGUGUUAAAACAGUUUAUUUUCUGUAAAAAAGAAAAAAAGUGUAAGGCAGACAACAAACAAGAGUUUCUGGUUAGUACUUCACAGUCGUCCACAAGUCUGCCAUCACAAAAGAGCAUGUUUUCUCUGCUAGGCUCUUUAAAUGAGGAGCUGAUAAAAUCACGUACAUCUGCCCUUCUGUCAUACCCAAUCAAUCCACGCCAAUUGCUGUUCCUGUGUGUAUAUCCAGAGUAGGCCGACGAAUUGUCAGGCCUUGUUAUCAAAUGCUAUUUUAUUUGUCAUUACAGGUUAAUUGUUGUUUUCGAUUAAUGGAUUGGAAAACACGGUAUAAAAUAAACCUGCAGUACUGUAUCAAGGCAAGGUCAAUACGAUGUGCAGAUGACGUGUCCUAAUCUGACCCAGUUUCUCCUAGCUUAAGAAUAGUCCUGCAGCAACAGGAAAUGUAAAUUAUUAAAUGGAUUAUAAUGAAAAGACAACUCUGUGGGGGUUGAUACAUUUGUUUAAUCCAGUCUGACAAGUGUAUGAUACUACCUUUUAGAAGCGUUUUUAUACCUUUAAAACACUACAAGUUGGCAUUUCCUGCUAUGCAGGAAAAUCCCUGCAACAACAGGAUAAUCAAAUUAAGAUACAGCAUCUGUAUAAAAACCUGCAGGGAGUUUUGCAUUAUUGCAUAUCCCUCCUAUUUCUUUUAUUUUCUAUCACCGACUGAAGGCUGUUAGGCUACAAUGUUUCUUGUAAAUAGACCCCCUCCCUUGCAGUCUUUUUGUAUCAGAGUCUUCCAGCUGUACUGCAAAACAAUGGAAUGUACAGAUUUUUAUAUUAUUAAUAAUAUUAUUGUUAUUAUUAUUGUACAUGCAAUUAUUAUAUUGUUUGUUUUUCAAUAAAACCUCAAUGA